AUGCGAAUACAAUCCAACGCACUCCCGCUGUUUCUAUCUGCACUGCUUCCCAGCUUGGCAACGGCUGUUACAUUCGACUGUGCCCACAUCAACACAGAUGGAUACCUCUACGACCUUAGUGCGCUGGGCGGCGUCCACCAACUCAACCAUAUCGUACUGAACGCGACACAAGGCUACACCCAAAAUACCACCUACGUCUUGAAUAUCUGCCAAACUCUCGGCAAAGCCGCUAACCGUCCAGAGGGGAAAUGCGGGCUGAGCAAGAAUGUGUGUGGCUUCAUUCACGAUAUUCCAGCGGACGGUAACGGUGACAUAAGUUGGGGAUUCCCUAUCGCCGGGCUUGAUCCCAUGGGCCACGGCUCUAAAGACCCGGAGUUCACGCGACUGCAGAAGCUCGACGAGAAUACUCAGGGUCUGCGUGUUAAGCUUUCUGGUGGUAAUUACCGCAGUACCUUCGAUGGUCCGGAUCACCCCACUGCAGCUGUUAUUGAUUUCCAAUGUGAUCCUGACCGCUCUGGCCUCGAGGGUGUCAGCACAUCUGAGGAUGAGGAGGUUGAGGAGAAGAAGCUCGUCCGGCGAGAGAAGGAGAAGAAGCCGAGCAGCUUGCAGUUCAAGAGCUUCGGUGUCGAGGACGACGAUAUUUAUGUCUUGCGGCUGGACUGGCAGACUCGGUAUGCUUGCGACGAUUACCAGCGCGGCAAGCAGGAUAGCUCGAGCCACUGGGGUAUUUUCACUUGGUUGAUCAUUAUCCUCUUCCUCGCUGUUGCUGCCUACCUCAUCUUCGGCUCAUGGCUCAAUUACAGCCGCUACGGUGCUCGUGGCUGGGACCUUCUACCACACGGUGACGCCAUUCGCGAAAUCCCCUACAUGCUCAGAGAUUGGUUCCGCCGCGUGGUCAACACAUUCCAAGGCUCUAGUUCUAGAGGUGGCUACAGUGCCGUGUGA